UCUGGGAUUUCAGCAUGUAAGUCGACAAGAUGUUAUACUGAAACACACAAGACCACUCGCCCAAACAUUGUUUGGAGGACUUAUGGAACCAGCCAUUCUUGUAAUUGAUGGCACCUACAUUUAUAUACAAAAGAGUGGCCAAUUUAUGUUCCAAAGGAGGAGUUACAGCAUGCAUAAGCACCGGCCGUUGGUAAAACCUAUGAUGUUUGUCACCACAACAGGUUACAUAGUGUCCGUGUUAGGUCCCUAUUUUGCCGAUUCCAAAAACAAUGAUGCCAGCAUCCUGAAUCAGAUUUUAAAUUCCAACAUUCAAGAAAUCAAGGAGUGGAUUCAGGAAAAUGAUGUGUUUGUGGUUGACAGAGGCUUUAGAGAUUCCAUGGACCUCCUACAACAGCUAGGAAUACAAACAGAGAUGCCUUCUUUUUCCAAGCAAAGGAAACAGCACACUACCGGAGAAAGCAACGCUUCCAGGCUUGUUACUAAAAUAAGAUGGGUCGUUGAGGCUGUGAAUGGACGGUUAAAAACCUGGAAAUAUUUGGAUCGUGUGUUGCCAAACUCACAGAUUCCAUACAUAGGCGAUAUUGUCAGGAUUGUGUGUGCAAUCUUCAACAAGUUCGGUACACCAAUAAGCACGGGGGAUGCAGAGCAAGAUCAACUGCUAGGAUCGAAAAUGUUGCAUUUGUCACGGAAGCAGAAUUCUCUUUGGGAGAGAAUUGAACGAGAAGGCCUUUUCAAUCGACCUAGUAAGUGGCAGAAGAUGGAGACCACAACUGAUAUCAUAUUUCCUGUUCUGACAGAAGAAGACCUGCGGAAUUUGACACUGGGAGUGUAUCAGCUCAAACUGGCACGGUCCUACACACAGGAACAUAUGAGCGAAACGGGAGGAUAUGAAGUAUCUAUCUGUAAAGUAGAUGCUAAUCUGAUCAAUGCCAAGAUACAGAGCCGACAUUUUUCCUCAAAACUUUACCAAUUGUGGGUAUCAUUUGAUGAUUGUAAUGUGCAAGGAUGGUACUGUACAUGCCGUGCUGGGGCGAGGGUGGUUGGGACUUGCUCCCAUGUUGCAUCCAUCUUAUGGUAUAUGGGAUUUGCACGUCAUUUAGACAAGUCCUUUGACUUUAGUAAGGACUGGACACAAUAUUUACAAGAUGCCAGUUAUACACCAGACCCAAUCAGUAUUGAUGAGAGUGAUGAUGAAGGUAACACGGAGGAAUAAAACAGCACAGCUUUACCGAUGUAGCCAUGUAAAUUACAUAUAAAUUUCGGAAUCUCCAAAAAUGUAAUUACAAAUGCACGAUGGUCACUUGAUCGACUGAGGAAUUGGCUUUAAUCUCGAAUGACAAUGUAUUUUGUUAGUGCAUAAUGUUUAUUUGAAAUAACUUUUAACUUUUGUAAGAAUCAUUAACUGUAACAUGUUUGAUUUCAUAUCCUUUUCAAAUUAACCAAGAAUAUAAAGAUAACCGUGUACGGAAGUAUUGACAAAUUGAUGUACUGAUUAUUGCAUGUACUGUUGCUAUGGUGAAAUAUUUAGUUGCUAUGGUAAGACAUGGUUACUGUGGAAUACCACCUAUAUGCUCUAUUGUAUCAUCAUAUUUACAUUUUUAAGAUGUAUCAUAAUCUAAACAGCCCUUGAGUAUUAUCAUCAAUUUUCUGUGUCCAUUAUUGUAUUUAUUACAAUCCGUUGCUAUGGAGAGAGUUUGGUUGCUAUUGUGUUGCUAGGAAAUCUUAAACAUGUAAUAUAUGAUGGUUGAUCACAAAUAUGAUAUGAUUUUUAAAUCAUACCAUUGAUAUGUAAAAAUUGAUUAAAUAUUUUCACCAAAUAAUAAAAAAAACAGUGAAAUAUCACUAAAAUGUGCAAAUAGACGGUAAAGAGUAGGUUGGUUUCCAGGCCCGUUGCUAGGCAACGCAUUGUCAGAAUUAUUGAAAACUUGUUUUUUUAUCAAUGUCAUAUGUCCAUGUUUGCAUGAUAUAAA